ACAACCGAAAGGAAAACAAACCAAUAACCUAAAAAUAUUUGAAAUUUCUUCAGAUACAACUUAUUUUUUGCUGAAAAAUUCCUACAGAAAUUGUUUAUGAUCAUCAGAUAGUAUUAUACUAUUACAAUCUAAUAAUAGAUAAUAUCAUAAUAUGAGUACGGAAAUAAAGAAAAUGAAACAAGGCAUGUCUUAUUCAUGCAAAGAAAAAACAAUAAUUCUUAACGUCUUCAAAUAUUUUAAGAGUGAAUUUCCUGAUAAAUGCGUUACAGACUUGGUGAGGAGAACAGCCAAAGCUACAGGCUGCAGUGAAAAAAGCAUAUUUCAAUUUCGUAAGGAGGAGGCAAGUGCUGAAGGAUUCAAAGCACCGUCUAAAACUAAAAUUAGGAAAAAUAUCAAUAUAAAUAGUAGAGAUAUUAAAUAUGAUGACUCUGUCAGACAAGCUAUAAGAAAUAUUAUAUAUGACUUGAAGUAUAAAAACAUUGUUCCUAGCUUGAAUACCAUACUAAAAAAUGUCCAUUUGGAUAGCCAGUUACCCAAUUUUUCUCUGAUGACACUAAGAAGAUUGCUUUUUGAUAUGGGGUUCUCCUAUGAAAAAGUCGGGAAUAAAUCAAUUCUUAUAGAAAGAACUGAAACUCCUAAUGAGAAUGGAAAGAAUAAGAAAGAUAAAAGUAAACUAGUCAAUAAUGUACCUGCUAAAAAUAGCAACGUACAAGGAUUUAUUGGCCACAACAACACACAACAAAAUACCAAUCCAAGUUGUGGGAACCAAUUACCAAAGCCUACACCACAGCACCCUGUGACCCAUAUGAACGGUAAUAUAAACUUGCAUUUGAGCCAUAUCGGUCAGUCGGUUGACCACCAAUCAUCUCAUCAUCCUCUGACACCUCUUCAAGGAACGUUUCAAACUCAUAAUCACAUCAUGGGCCCAACUAUGCAUAUGCAAGCGCCAGUCACUCAUAAUAUGCCUCCAGUCAUGUUGAACCACAGGCCUCCUGUACCUCAUCCAACUCAUAUGGUACCUCCACCAUUCAACAUGCACCUUAAGAGACCAGAGUAUACCCAAGGAAUAUGAAGUAAAAUGUCUAAGGAUAUCAAUGUGCCAGUUCUACCUACUCCAGCGCUGUGAAAUUAAGUGUAAAUAUUCGAUGAAAUGCAAGUGACUGAAAGGUAUCGCUAUAAACAAGUCAGACUGAUAUUUAGAGUAGCAAAAAUUUUUUUAAUUUAAUCCGUUCAGUAAACUGAAAAGAGCCAUCAAAGAGUGCCUUGACCUGAUAGAAUAAUUUUAUGUAAUCUUCAGGCAGAAUUGAAGAAUUUCGCAAAACUUUUUGGUGUAGUUGUAGAUUCUCGAAAUUCAAUGACUUGAUUUGCAUGCAAGUGAAUUAGUUACUAGUGCGGGAAAAUGAUUUUUUGCGCAUAUCAGAUGAGACUGAUGGCAUUUUCUGAAAAUUCUAUUUUUGAUAUUACAAUCAGUAUUAUUUUGAUAUUCAAAGUAUAUUUUUAUAUUCUUGAAGUUAAUUGAAUAGUUGAAAUAAAUUAUUGAAAAAUUA